AUGAGAGUAGCUAUUCCUACCCCAGCAUUACUUCCAAGCCGGGCUACCAAGAGUACCCCGAGCCUAUCAAAGAAACACCAGAUAGCUGGAGUGCCGCCCCCGGCUCCAGCAAGCUCAGGUCCUGCCCAUAACAUCACACAUCCCGACCGCGGAGGAGAAACACAACCCCCCGGAAACUCGCCGGAGCGCAGGGUGAACUGCAUCCCAAGGCCGACAAUAUCUCAGCCACAAAGACCAUCAUAUGAAGAACCACUAGGUCCUGAGUUCAGCGCCAUAGCUAAGCCCAAACGCUUCUUUUGUACUGGCCGCGUCUUUGCGACAGUCUGGUUUGAGCCCAGCACCGAAGACAUACUCCAGCAGCAACCCAAGCCCAGGGAGUGGUCGAGCGUUUGUCCGGCUUUUCACGGACAAAAGCCCGUGGCCAAGAUUCGCUGGUUUGUCGUUGUAAAGCGGCGGCUGCACCAUUCACUGUGCUUCACGAUUACAACGUACGCGGGGAAGGCCGCCAGCAGGACAACCCGCGGCCGGGCGGGGGAUCAUGCCGUGUUAUUCAGGGUGGGUAUUCAGCCCGAGGCCCCUGAUGACGACGAGGACAUCACUCGGGGUCCUAUUGGUAUCAUUGUCGAGGACGCCGAAUACUACAUCUCGCCGUUUGCGAGGCUUGACUGCGGGAGGAUUUACACCGUCGAGGAUAACCUGAAGGUUGCUAAAGUCGGGAGAGUGCACCGGGACUUUUUGCCCGCGUUAGAGCAGUACUACAGGGACAUUGUGUUGUAA